UAGAACACAUCGAAAAUAUGGCCGCAAAGCUUGUUCUACUGCCAUUGGCUGUACUGGUCUUCGUAACUAUCCAACGUGGAUUGGCAGGGCACGCUCAUAGUUUCGUCCACUUUCACGGACCGGUCGAAGGACCCGGACACGAAGUAGUUGUCCACGAUAAGCAUGGCCAUCAUCAUGUAGACUACGUCGCGCAUCCCAAAUACGAAUUCUCGUAUGGCGUCGAAGAUCAUCACACGGGCGAUUACCACGGGCAAAAGGAACACAGAGACGGGAAAAAGGUAGUGGGCGAGUACACCAUCAAGGAACCAGGCGGCAACACCAGGACCGUGACUUACCAUGCUGAUCCUCACGGAGGAUUUUUUGCUCACGUUCAUAACUCCGGCGGUAAUAACCAUCACGGUGGUACAUAUGGCGGUUAUGGGCAUCACUGAAGGCAUCAAGAGACCCCUAAGUAUGAUAUAUGACGA